AUGCCUAGAGACGAUUUGUCCAUCGACUUCGUCAAGAGGAUGCCGCAGGCCGAGGCCCUUGACCCGGCCAUCAUCCUCGACGACUGGAUCAACCGCGUCCAGAACCUCCCCGAGGAGAUUCGCUUCCUGCAAGAGGAGAUCACCGACAAAGAUCGCCAGUACUACGACUGCGUAAAGCUGAUCGAGGACCGCGAUGGCAAGAUACAAAAAUGGAUCAAGGCUAACGGUAGCCACGAGACGAAUCCUCGGGAGGAGGGAAUGAGGGCACAGAUGCGCGAGAACUACAUGCGCGCUGACCAGCUGGCUACCGAGAAGAUCGCUUUAACACAAAAGCUGCAGCUCAUCAUGGACAAACACCUGCGAAACCUCGACCAGCACAUCAAGUUGCUCUACGACCGAGCCGAACCGGGCUUCAACGACCCCGACGAAUGCCCAUCGCUUCUGAGGCCGAGCGCGGCAAACCACUCCGCCCCGUCCGCCAGGUCGAUCAACCCUGCGAGCCAUUUGGCCGGCGCCAUCACUGCGACCCCUCUGAAUCCGAUCGUCAACUCAGCGAGUCCUACUGCGGCGAGAGCCGGCAAUCCCCAGAUACGGAACACGUUGUCGCAGCAGCAUGCUUCAUCCGCACCCGCGACGCCGGCUGCAGCCAGCAUGAUAAUGAAUCGUCAGGCAAGGGAAAGCUCAGCAGGACCUGGCAGCGGCGCACCUAAGAGGGGACCGCGGUCGAAUUCUGGACUGGGCAGCUUGCCCGCAACAUCAAGCGGACUGGCGAGACACUCAUCACUGGGUCCGGGUACACCCAAAGGCGCUACGGUCACGGGUCCUGGCGGUCCUGUGCGAGCUGGCAGCGCCGGGCCCAGGUCAUCGUCCACGAAGGCUGUCAGCGUGUCGGGCAUCAGGAAAGGAACACCCGGCGCGACAAAUCGGAAGAAGGGAAGCAUUGCCAACGGGCAUAAAUCCUCCCUGUCCCGUGUGAAGAAGGCAGGAAGCCGCAACUCUCCGGCAUCCACAGCGGAUAGUGAGCUGUCGGAUGCCGAAAGCGGCAGCGGCGACGAUGGCGACCGCAGUCGGGUUGACCGGACCAGUGGAACACCUGCACGGGACGGUAAAGACGGGGACGGGGACGAUAGCAUGCUCGACGCCGAAGAUGACGAGGCCGGCGACGACAAGAAGUACUGCACAUGUCAAAAUGUGAGCUUUGGCGACAUGGUGGCGUGCGACAAUGAGGAUUGCCCCUACGAGUGGUUUCAUUGGUCGUGCGUUGGCCUCAAGAGCGAGCCCAAUGGGACAUGGUUCUGUCCAGUAUGUACGGAAAACAUGGAGAAGGAAAGGCUACAGAAGAAGAAAUGA